AUGACCUGCGACUACAUGGCGACCACCCCAGCGAACUGGUCCACGACUACCGGGUCCCCGUCUUCACCGGCGAUGACCUCCAUCGCGGACCCCGUGAACCACCCGCUCGCCCACUUCGCGCCUGCGGGGGAGCUGAACCACACCGAGCUCGAGCUGAUGGUGCAAUGGUGCACCGACACCUACCGCUCCGUCGCGCACCAGCCCAGCGUCGAAUGGAUCUGGCAUGCCGCCGUGCCUCGGGAGGCCCUGCAACGGCCCUUUCUCCUCCACGGCAUCCUGGCCGUCUCCGCCCUGCACCUCUUCUUCCGUACCACCGGCGACACGCAGGCACACUACUUGCGUACCGCCCACGCCCAUCGACAACACGCCGAGGAAGGCCUCUCCCAAGCGCUCCGCGCACUGGACGCCUCCAACUGCAACGCCGCGUUCGCCGUCUCCAGCAUGCUCACCGUCUUCUCCUUUGCCCUGCCGCUAGCCGCGCGCCGCACCCCGACAGCCGCACACAGUCCGCUGGACGAGCUGUGUCACAUCAUGCGGCACACGCAACAGUCCAUGAGCUCCCUGUGCGAGAUCGUCUACUGGGUCGGCCGCGGCGACCUCCACGCGCUCAUCGAGUGCGACGAAACCGCGCCCCGGAUGCCGGACACGUCGCGGCUCGCCAUCAUGGCGUUGGCGCGCCUGAACGAUACCCUGGCGACGCAAUCCCCGCAGCACGAGAAGCGCAUAUUCGACCGCGCCCUCGACGCCCUGGGCCACUCACUCGACCAGCUCGCCCGCGGCGGCGAGCUUCUCCUCUCGGCCUUCCGGUGGAUUGUGCAGAUCCCACCGCGGUUCAUCGAGCUCCUUCACGAGCGGCAUCCGUUUGCGCUGGUGAUCCUGGCGCACUAUGCGGUCGUCCUGCAUCUGCUGCGGGAGCGUUGGUGGGUGGGUGACUGGGGCGCACGAGUGAUUCAAGCGGUGGGACGGAGUUUAGAAUGGGAGUGGAGAAAGGCCCUGGGAUGGGUGUUGGAUGCGACGGGAUGUACUCUGCCGCAAUGA